GAGAAAAGAGAAAGAAAGGAGAGAUGGAUUCUGGGUCCUGGGCUGAUCAAUGGGACUACAACAACCCUGAUCCUUCACCGCGAGCAUUGGACGACAAGAAGAAGAAACGGGAUAGUUCGAGCAAAAGCAAGUUUGGCAAGUCAUUGUCAAGUUUCAAAUGGAUGAAAGAACUACGCAAGAAAUCUGAGCAAAAAGUUGACUGCAGAUGAGAAGCACGUGCGGACGGCUGUGCUCCACCAUUGAUCCUCCCAACCUCAUUUUUAUUGUCUUUGUUUUACCAUACAUUCUAUUUACAGUUAAUUCUUCCCAACUCCCUUCUUUAUUGACUGAUAAAAUUCGUCUAAGGAAUAAAAAGAAAAGAAAAUUUUUGCUCCUUUUCGUCUUUCAAAUGAUUGAAUUUGGUACAUCAUUAUUCAAGGAGGGCAAAUUAUUUGUAGAAUGUUUUAAGCAAAGUCAAGCAUAUGAUAAUUCUGAGAUCAUUAAUUUGGCCGUCAAACUUAACUGUAUCAUUCAAUAUUAUCAAGUCAGAUUAAUUUCGAGGCUCAACUCGAAUCAAUAGAAAUCAAACUUGGGUUAUAUCAAGCCAAAUAUGUGUUUGAACCAGACUUGCGUUAAAAGAAAGGGAAAAAGAAAAACCCUCGUAUAAUAACUCAACUGAUCAAUUGAUUUUUUUAAAUGUACUAAUAAGGAAACAUCAAGCAAUUGGUUAAGCUACGUGGAUACUGGAUCCGAAGUACCUUUCCAGGUAGAAGAAGCAUCCCCAGAGGUUUGUGUUGAGGAUAACUUCUCUGUCUGCAAAUAUUUACCUCACAAAACAUUGCAACCUAUACCUACCUACAUGGUUGAUGGGACUUAGCAAGCGGCAAUCUUAAUGUUAGCAUGAUUCUGGAAAUGAUAAAACAAAUUCGCAGCUUUGACUUCUCUCGAACACACUAGAUACUUCAAUUUGUUUCAAGUGUCUCCCACAUCGGAAACAAGAGUCGAACCAUC